AUGGGAUGUCGAAAGGUCCGCGAACCAGAAGGUCUCACGUCGUUCAAAGACCUCCCAGUCAUCGACCUUUCAGACAUUGACAGCCCCGACCAACAGAAGCAACGAGCCCUGGCGUCCAAGAUCUACGAUGCCUGCACCCAGGUCGGAUUCUUCUACAUCAAGAACCAUGGCAUCUCAAAAGACUCUGUCGCUUCAAUCAAGUCCGAGGCUCAACGCUUCUUCAAGGAUCUCUCACCGGAACAGAAGAUGAAGAUCAGCCGUGAAAAGAGUCAAUUCCAUCUUGGUUAUGAUCCCUACAGAGCUGCUCGCAACGGCGGCAAGAAGGCACACCCCUACGAGAGCAUAUUGAUUGGACGUGAGGUCCAAUUUGACAAGGAGUACCGCGACACCGUGGAUCCAAAGGAUGAUGCUCACAACCAGUGGCCAGAAGAUGACGAGUUGCCCGGAUUCAAGUCUUCUGUUGGAAGCUAUUAUGAACAAAUGACGAGCCUCAGCCGCAAGCUCGUUAGCAUCUUCGCCCUGUCGCUGGAGCUCGACAAGACCUUCUUCGACGACAAGAUGUCGAAGCCAGGCUCACUGCUGUCUUUGAAUUACUAUGCGGCCCAGAGCGAGGGCAAGCAAGCUAGUAUUCAUGCUCACACCGACCAUGAGUUAUUCACAAUCCUCUUGCAGAGCGAUGGGAUCAAUGCUUUAGAAGUCGUCAACGGGGAAGGGGUGUGGGUGCCUGCGAAGCCCAUCCCGGACACGUUUGUCGUCAACAUUGGCGAUGCACUCUCCAUCUGGACGAACAAUGUUUUCCUUUCGACUUUACACCGAGCGACCAACACUUCAGGAGUUGAACGGUACUCGAUCCCGUUCUUCUUCGGGGUUGACUACGACUGCGUGAUGCACACUCUGCCUUCCUGCGUCUCCGAGGCUCGACCUGUGAUCUACAAGCCCGUUACUCAAGCGGAACACUACCUCUCGAAGAUGAACACAGCAUACGGUGCUAGCAGUCUAGUAGCAGCCUGA